CAACAACAUCAGAUCAACACCACCCCCGCCAUCACCAUAUCGCCUCCCACGCCUUCAUCCUUUGCGCUUGCUCCUUGCCACGCCAUCCAUUUCGUGACGUUUGCAGACCCUUCCGCGCACGUUGAGCCGCCCUCCUGUCCACCCAGUACCCCGAAUCCCCCUGAACUCCUUUGACCGACAACCAAACAAAGAGAUAAUGGCACAUUAAUCCGAUCAGCACCACUAGCACGCAUUUUCGCUUCUCGACGCGUCUCAGCAUUCCACGAUUGCCCAACUCCACUCCUUAGCACUUUAGAUUACUCCGCAUAUACCGCACCGACUUCCCACCGACGCUACCGUAGCUCCCGCGCGCGACGACAUCAUGGCCGCGCACAUGCAUCCCUAUCCUCGCCCAAACGGCCAGUACCCUGUGGCUGCUCCCCAACCACCCAUUCCUAAUUCCGACGGAAGCUUACCCCCCAUAUCCGCUAGGCCCAACGACGACACCUACAAUCCCAUGGUCCCCUACCAACAUGUACCCACCCAGCAAGCCCCCGCGAACCCAGACCCCCUUGUCCCUUAUAAAGGUCGUAAGGGCGACUACACGUACAGCCUCAUUGUCGAACAGCAGCCCAUACGGGCCCGUAUGUGCGGAUUCGGUGAUAAGGAUCGCCGACCGAUCACUCCUCCCCCUUGUAUAAGGUUAGUGGUUUGGGAUAACAAGGCCAACAAAGAGGUCAAUUACCACGACAUAGACAGCUCCUAUUUCGUCCUCAGUGUGGAUCUGUUUGCUGCCAACGGAAAGGAGGAAGUCAACCUGGUCCGUCAUGCAACCAGCGGUAGCACCCACCUUUCAAUCAGCCAGAGCCCUACCACCGCGUACCCCGCACCGCCAGACCGACAGCAAAUGUACGGCGCACCGACUUAUGAUAGCUACGGCCGUCCUAUGAUGCCCCCGCAGGCUCCGGCCUAUGGCCAGCCACAACCCCAGAUGGGUUCGCCUGCGGCAUCGUACCCUAAUACCUACGCCCCCCAAGGACAAUACGGAACGUCUCUCGUACCCAUGUCCCCCGUGCCCGUCGUUGCGCCCCCGCCGUCCGCGACAGGCAUGUAUACUCGCAACCUGAUUGGAAGCCUGACGGUGAACGCCUCCAAGCUCAACGACACCAAGAAACAACUCGGACUCUGGUUCGUGCUGCAGGAUCUGUCGGUGCGGACCGAGGGCACCUUCCGGCUGAAGAUGAAUUUCAUCGAUGUCGGCAGCGGCCAGAAUAACGGUCACGUGCUCAACAAGGGCCGCGCUCCCGUUUUGGCGACGUGCUUCUCCGAGCCCUUCCAGGUCUUCUCCGCCAAGAAGUUCCCUGGCGUGAUCGAGAGCACGCCGCUCAGCAAGGCAUUUGCCUCCCAAGGCAUCAAGAUUCCCAUCCGCAAGGAUGCGCCCAAGACGUUGGCGAACCAGGCCGAGUAUGACGCUGACGAGAUAUGA